AUGCACAGCCGCUUCCCACUGCCCGACGACUUUUUCCCAGAGAUCCACCUCACAAGUGCCGAGAUCAAGAACUAUGAAGUGCAAAUGCAGGACAUUGUCGAGAACGCUCUGACUGAGUACGAGCUGCAUGAGGCCAAAGGAUCGUAUCCUGUCUAUCGUUCGCCAUGGAGUCUCGUGAAUAAGGUGGAAAGUCUCACCACGAUCAAAAAGGAGAUCUCCGAGAGCUCGACAACCAGCGAAGCACGUAUCUUCGGCCGCAUGAACGGCAACUACCGCCAUUUCAUUGACUUUUUCUACGCUGAGACAUCGGCCGAGCUGUUCACGUGGAACCAGUUCAUGUUUGGGCACGCGACGGAUGCGGCCGUGCUGAAAAACAUCUACACGGUAGCAUCCGGGAAGAAAUGCUUGUACAUGGGCAUCAAAUGGACGUGUCUGAACCCGUCGCAGCUCGUAAAAAAGCGGGACAACUGCUACAUGGAGUAUCUCAUAUACACAAAGGAUCUACGUGGCCGCGACGUAGGCAUCCGCGUGACGCUUCCACUUGACAUUCCAGAGUGCCCCGAGAUGCCGAAAAGGUUCAAGACGAAGCGGAUUCGGUUGAACACGGUAUGGAUCUCCAGACCUGCGGACCGCGAGUCGAAUGUCACCGAGUUCUUUAUGAUGUCGCAGAACAAUUUCAACGGCCUAGCAGUCACUGCCAGCUACUACAAGCGCAUGAUGAACAUUCUCAUCAACAUGGCGGUUUUUGUGGACUCGCGACGCAUUUUGGUGCUGGGAGUCAUGGCACGGAAGGGCUGGGCGAAGUCGAGCUCGCGCAAAAGUUGCAGUGUGUGCUCGCGUAAGUUUGGGCCGACACGCCACCGCCACCAUUGCAGACUGUGCGGAGAUCUCAUUUGCCGGCGCUGUGCUGUUGUUCGCGACGCCCCCAAGGACGAAAGGCCAAACAGCCCCAUGACGUCAAGCAGAACGUUUGACGUCGUCAAGACAAAGUUUUGCGUUUUGUGCGUGACGAAGAUGCGUAGCUGUGGUACCAACGCCUUGGUCCCUGCAUUGGAUGGCAAUAUAUCGAUUGCCGACUGUGAGAAGACGAACCUCGGCAACUCUUGUGCUAAGGUCCCUUCUGAGACCGAAUCGGAAGGUGGCCGCACGUCAGUCUUCUCCUUAGCAGGAAGUACUGAUGGAAGCCAUCAGUCGCUGCAAAUGUCGCCAGAGGCAGGGGCGAUGUUUGACUCAGAUGUUGGUAUGAUAUCGUUCGUGUCAAAUUUGGAUAUGAGUGACGACGAGUCUGUGACCAUUCUGGCCGACCAUUUGAGGUCGACAAACGGUAUAAUCGCAGAAGAAGUCGCGGAAGUUGUUGACACGAUGAACACGGUGCCGGUCCUGUCCUUUGACUCCACGCUACAGCGAGGCAGGUCGACUCAGAACGCUGACGUUGUCGAUGAUAAUGACGCUAAGACGGGCUCUAAUACUGGCUUCAGCUGGCCUCCUCUCAGUUCCAAGAAUUCACCUCGGUCCCUCGACCAAUGUCUCGCAGAGCAGGAAGAGUUGCUGCGACGCAUGCUGUCAGCCAGCAGUUUGCGCCACCAGAACGUUGCUGUCACUGCGGAAAGUGGACUUGCGGGUCAGAGCGGGUGUAACUUUUUCAGUGGCACGCCGUUAACCAAGGCUCGCGUAGGUGCCACGCUCUUUGAGUGCUAG